AUGCAGGAAAUAAGGGAAUUAACACCAGCUGGUCAAAUAAAACGUCCACCGUAUAAUGUUAUUGCAGAAUGGAUUCAACGUGCAUGGGAUGUUAUUGAUACCCAACUUAUCAAAUGUUCUUUUAAAUGUUGUGGUAUCUUAGUUUCAAGUAAUGGAUUAGAAGAAAAUUUAAUUUUUAAUUACGAUCAAGUUGAAGGCUACGAUCAAGUUAAAGGCUACGAUCAAGUUGAAGGCUACGAAGUUGAAGGCUCCAAAGCUGAUGAACUUAUUUUUAUUGAUAGCCUGCCCCAGCAACACCUACUCCAACAAGGCCUGCCCCAGCAACACUUUCUAUUCCAACAAGACACUUCACCUCAACAAUACUUUUCACCUCAACAAGGCUCUUCCCAACAAUAUUUCCUACCCCAACAAUACUUUUCAUCUCAACAAGGCUCUUCCCAACAAUAUCCCCCACUCCAACAAAGUUUCACAGCCCAACAAUGCUUUUUGUCUCAACCCUAUCUCCCGAAUCAACCAAAUUCUUUAGAUGUUCAGGAAGUGGAAUUUGAAUACUACUAUACUCAGAAUGAAGUAGAAAAUUUUAUGAACCAAUGGGUUGAAUAA